UAACAGUUCGUAAGGAACAACGAGUGAAAACUCAUCUUCACACUUUCGUCGCGAUCUUUUCUUGAGUUCUUUUAUUCCGAAAAAAAUCGCUCUUUCGUCGUUCUUAAGGCAGAUUCCAAGACUGUGUUGGCUUAAUCGCGAAAGCAGCAGAGAUUGGACCUCGCGCAGAAAUCCGGGAACUUCAAUCGAUACUGGUAACAUCAACUGGAAACAGGUUGCGAGAAAUCGUCUGGUCAUUUGUUGUUAUGGUCGGUUGAAAAUUAUCGUUUGCGGUUCGGAAAAUGUGCUCAUUCGAAGUUUUGUAAACACAAAAGAUGUAAUUCGAAGUGUUUGGUGUUCAGCUAUUUGAUUAAGAUUUUGUUUGCACUUUUUUUUAUAAUUUUGUUUUCGUGGAACAUCGAUCCACGUUUUACCUUUUGGUUACCUUUGCCCCUUUGCACGUGGAUUUUGAGCUAGUUGAAAUGACGGAUAAUCAAACAUGCGAUCAAGAUCAGCAAAUUACAUCUAUAGCAGAUGCUGUGGUGAAGUUGAAAGAACUUAGAGAAAGCAAUAAGAACUUGAAUGAACCAGAUAUUGAAGAGAAAUUUGCUCGUCUUUCAUUGGCUUUCAAAACUGAUAAAUUUACCCUUGGAAAGCGACUCGAUUUACAGUUGCGUCAGAGAGACAUUGCAGAAAAAAAUAUUGAAACUGAAUUGAAAAACUUGCGAGAGUCUUUAAAUGCUCUUAAUCAACUAUGUACAGAAUCGGAUAUGCGAGAAAUUAUAACAAAAACUCAACAGCAUGUCGACAUAGUUCAACAAGCUACAAUGCGAAUGUCUAGUCGAGCUGAAACAUAUGGGGCCAUUCAACAGGAACAAAGAAUGAACUGUGCAUUUGAAACAAUGCUGAAUUAUGUUGAGCAUUUGAAGCUUUUAUAUGACAAGGAGCACUUGGAGCUCGAAGAAUACCGACGUCUCUUGGCAGAACACAAUCUUCUUCCUGAUGAAAAGAAUUCCAUGGAUGAAGAUGCAAAACGUAUUCUGCCUCCAAGAUCACAGUCGCUUUCGUGUUCCUCUAAACCGCAAUUUUUACGACGUGGAAGCCUGGGAACAUUUACACGAAUCCCAGCCAUUGAGAAUGAUAAAAUAUUUGCUCUGGAAAACCACAGUGGCUUAACGUCUGCAUGGAACUUAAGUUCUAUCAGACAAAAACUGGAAUGCAAGACUAGGCUUUUAAGUGCCGUUUGUCUACUGAACAAUAACUACGAUUCACCUCGUACCAUCUCUAAUGGUAACUCCGGUUCUGUGUCGCCUAAAAGUAGACGAGCCUCCCUGCCUGUUGGACCUCUUGCACAUUCAUCUAAUAAUGUUAAUGCACCAUUCAGCAAUGUUAGAGCACAUGCUAGUAUUAAUGAAAAACAUGCAUUCAAUAUUGAAAGGAAAGAGAGUAAUGCAAAGCUGUCACGUGAAAGUCAUUUGACAAGAACAGAGUCAGAAGAUUCAACUAACAGUAAACCUGAAGCUGACUGUCCUUUUCAGGAACCAUCAGAGAAAAUGUCUGAGGACAGCUCUUCCCUUAAAGACAGUAGUGAAUUAAGCUAUCGAAAAUCCAUAUCUUCAGACAUGGACAAAGAAAGCAAUGCAAAAAUUACUCAUUCUUUGCAAGAAUCUACCUGUGAUAAUGAAUUAGAGGGUGAUAUCUGCUUGCUCCCAGAGAUUGUUAUACCAGUGAAAUCUAAACCUUUAUAUGUAUUGAGCUUGAUCCAGAAGGCUUCUGCACGAAGAAUAUGGCAGUGGGACAAUGCUACUCUCCUCAUGCAUGCACGCUAUGCACUUAGUGCAGUACUGGUUACAGCUGCAAUGCUUACACUGGUGUUAACAUUUGUUCCCAACCCAGUUUUGGCUCAAACAAUGAGCGACUCAAACAAACUGCAAGAUAAGCCUGAAUGAGAAGCUUCAGACUGAAACAAUUAUUUUGGUUGUGAGCACAAAUCUUCCACUCUUUAAAUUAUCACAAAUACGAUUCUUGCAUUUAGACUUUUAUUAGAGUAAUUCAAUGUGUGAAUUUCUUUGUAAAUGUAUACAUGUAUUGAAUUUUGUAAUAAUUAUAAAUGUAAUCAAUCAUUUUAAAUGUAAGACAUAAUUUUAGUAAUAUUCCCCUUAGAAAGUUAUGCUGUAAUGGUGUCAAUUUGCAGUGACAUCAAGUUUAAUUUUGAAACACAGUAUGCUUAUUGCAAAAGAAAAUGGUUUUGAAAUCUUAGCAAUGUGUAUACAUAAUGCUAAAACAAUUACAAAUUGACUCCAUUCAAGCAACUCACAUGGUGAUAAUAGCAGCAUAUAUUAGAAUUGAAAAGCAAUUUAAUUUUAUUUAUUAGAGAACUAAGGACCCAUGAUGCAUAACCUAUUAUCUGUGUUGCAGUGACAUUUUUCUUUAUAUAUAUAUUGCACCUGAGAAACAAAAGUAAAACUGCAUGUGAUAUGUUGUUGCUUUAACUUAAAAUGUAAAUGCAGAAUAAUCUAAAAGUGUAAUUAAAUCAGAAAUCUCAUUGCAAUGUAAUUUGUCCAAAAGGAUAGGCACAAUAUACAAGUGUAUCAGCAAAUUAGAUAAAUGAUUUUUUUUUAAGUAAACAUUUGUAUUCCACAAAAGAUGCGAUUGAUCAACAAAAGAAUGUUAACAAAUCCAAACAGCACUUGAUGGGCUGUCUGGCAUUUCCACUAUAAAAGAUUUUAGUUUGUUACUAAAUUAUAUUACAGUAACCAGGAUUCUUUUUGAAAAGUCAUUUAUUUUGAACAAAAUUCUCGAAUCACGAGAUUUUAAUCAUGGUGAAUUCAGGGCAUUCCCCUCUUUUCAAAUGGAAAUGAAGUCAAAACAAAUAAGACUGCCUAAGCCAAAUUAGCAGUAACCAUGCGAGUUAAUGCAAUAAUAAAUCCUAUUCAUAAUUUUUUUCUGUAAGGGCUCCAUCCCCCCCCCCUUCAUUUUUAUAGAUUUAAGAAUAUCUAUAAAAAUGUAGAUAAUUAUUGAAAUCAAUGCUUGAUUUUUUUUUUAAAUAAAAUUAUUCUGAAGUAUUUUUAUCUGUUUUAAAUAACUCAUUUCAAAAACAAAAAAAAUGAACCUUUUUGCAUAUUUCGAAAAUUAUUGGAAUGUGAUUUUGUGCUUUUUAAAAAAGUUCUUUAUAUGGCUAAUACAAAUGUUUGGAAAUAAAUCCAAACAUUAUAUAUUUUGAUAGUAUUUCCUUGCUAGGCUUUGUAAAUGCUUGUUCUUUGUACACAUUUUACUAUGUAGUUGUAUCUAUGUAAAAAUUAUCAUUCCAAUCAAAACCUAAGUUUGUAUUUGAUGUGUAUUAAACAGAAAUUCUGUGUAAAG